UUUCUUUCAUCUUCCCCUGCCUCUGGAAGCUCCAUUCGGAAGGGAACAGGCAGCCAAUACUCUUAUGUCUACGCCUUGUAAGGAAGAGGACCUGUAAGGUGACAACAGACCCCGCCUGCCAUCAUUCCAAGGAAACCUGCGGCCAGCAAACUGACAUACGCAAAGUGGAAUCAGCCUGGGCCCCAGUGAACACAGUGCCACUGACCACCCCCACCUGCUUCUGCUGAAGGAAGGACAAGAGAAGGCCACAGAGGGCAAAUCUCACCAGAUGGCCAUUGCUUUCACGGCUGCUUUUUGACUGCCAGUGUCCCGAGUCGUCCACACAGGCGAGCGAGACAAGCAGGAGAGUGAAAAGAAGAAGUGAAACAAUCAGAACCUACAGCCUGCAGAUGACGGCCCUAGUCCACCCAAACCAGAGCAUCCCCAUAAACGAGUUCCCCAGCUACACUGAGACCAUCAAUGACCCGGGUCUGCUGGUGUCCCCGCUCCUGGUGGCCGGCGUCGUGAUCGGCCUGGUGCUGUUCCUCUCCUGCAUGACCAUCAUCGUGGGUGGCCUGCGGAAGGAGAGGCGGCUGAGGCACCAGAACUUCAGCGGCACCUAUGGUCCUGAUAGCUUCUCCUUUGGCGAUUCCAUUGGAGAAAUGAGAUCCACUUGCUUUGAAGAAUUCCCUCCAGACUUCGACUUUGAGUCCUUCCUAGAGUCACAGCCCCAACCCCCUGUGAUGUAUUCGGAUUUACCUCCACGCUACGAGGAAUGCGUGAGACCAACUGCCCUGCAAAUCCCCACGGACGAGCCGCCGCCCUACUCUCUGACCGACCCCGGUCAGAGGAUUGAGCUGCCGGUAGGUAUUGGCCCCAUGCCGGGAAUGGCUUUUGGGGAGCCCGAGUGGGCCUCCAACUCGCUAGGCUGCCGUCACGGAGGGCAGCCCCUCGUUUCUGCUAUUUCCCGGGCCCGAUGCCCCCUGGAGACCAUGCCCCACUACGAGGUGAUGGUCUGUGACCAGAGCCGUCCGAUUCCGCUGAUGCCGCGAGAUGCCCCGAAAAAUUCCAAUCUCGAAUAUCUGCAUCUCUUCAACAGAAUCUUCUGAAGGACCCCUGUUCCCUGUCCCCUACGAAGGCGUUAAAAAAAAACAACAAAAAAAAAACAAAAAAAACCCCAACCCAUCCCAAAACCCAAGACGCGACAGGGGGAAACGAAAAAAAAAUAACAUUUGAUCUACCCCGGGACCUUUUAUUGGCUUCGCAGCUCCUAAAAGGUCCGAAAAA